AUAGCAUGGUCGAAACGGUACAAGGAAUGAAACUCUAAAGGACUUACUGCGGUUACAGUGAUCGAGGCUCGUCAACAGUCCGAUACGUCGGGUCAAUCGACGAAGAAUGCACCUUCUCGGUCAGCAUACACAACUGCAGACGCGAGCGCUCAGCGCUCAGCAUUCAUACCUUGACAGGCAGUCGACACUCGACAGCAGCGGCAAAUCACUACACCUCCACGAUGAUACGAGCCCGCAAGCACGAACCUCCGCGCCGGGCGCUUGGCGCGAUGGCCGAAGAUGUUGCCAUAAAGCCUUCAAUGCGACGAUGAACCUCCGAUACAAGCCGAUACAGAGUGACAGAGAGAAUAGGGGCGCGUAUGUAUACCUGCGGCGACGUACCUUGCGAGCAACGCGCAUCGAUCCCCGGGUCGAACUCGGCGGCGUCUGCACGGGGUCUCUGUGUCAGUACACAGCCUCCUGGGGAUGGCUGGGGCAAACGCGCUCCAAGUGGAGUAAAAACUGCGCGCUUGCCUGGGCAGUGGGGCGAAGGCACCAGAGUUGCACCGAGUGCUGGGCCGCAAGUGCCCUUGACUGGAAUGUACAGGUGCCUCGAACGCUGUACGUAGGCGUGCUGCAAAAUUGCAUGCAGUGUCAGCAGUGCGAGAGGUUGGCGUUUAGGUUGGGCGAAGGGGUCUGGGGUGGCUGCGCCAGUCGCUCACGGGGCCGUAGCAAGGAAAGUGGCAGGAAACAGGGAAUGGGAAUCAUUGAACCGAACGUGAAAGGGCGAGCGGUACCGCGAAAGAAGCUUUGAGCUAAGUUAUGUGGAUGAUCAUAGUGCGUCCAGGGCAUGCGAAUGGCACCGAAUUGAAUGGCCGCCGCGAACGUGCAGCAGACCACCCAAGGAUAGCGAAGUAUGAGGGUCUGCGGUCCAACGUCGUCGAAAACGGUAUUCAAGGACGCACCGGGACGACCA